GCUGCUCGUGCCUCGUGGCUUUUGCCCCAUGUGUGACGAGCCGGAAAUAAUAUAUACACGAACUACUGUGUAUGCUAACAUUUUUGUUUAUUCUAGAGCUAAGAUAAGUUAUAACGCACUUAUAAGAUCAUAAUGACACAGAAAGGCUACUAAGGUCAUACAGAAUGGGACGAUGUGUAAGAGCGGAAAGAGGGAACAUUGUGCGAGAGGGCGGGGGAGCAGAGCGCGCGACUGUCAAGAGGAGAGAGGAGGAAAUCUAACAAGUGAGAAAACUGUUGCAUUUUAGUAACGACGCGUAUCAGUGGAUAAAAAUAUGAAAAUCUACAAUAAUUAUCUUUAGAAUAUCUUGGAGCAUAGAAAGGAAGUGAAAAGUUAAUUAGGUAAGUGGUAGCCUAAGUCACUAUUUUGUUCCGUCUGUCUGCAUUGGGUGUUGAUGGCCAACGAGUGAGUGACCUGUUACCCACUGACUGGAAAAAUAAUAGUCGGCAUGCAUAACGAGGAUUCAUUGUAUUAAGAGAAAAACAAAAGUGAAUUUGCUGUUAGUUUUCGAGUUCGUCGGACUAUUCCAGAGCUUGACAACUCACGGAGACGACGGUGAGGAUGCGCUGUCUUCACUGUUUUCUCGACCACGUUGAAAGUCUGCCUGCGCGAAACUGAUCGGUUUAUCUUCCCACAGCGUAUCUCAGAUCAUCGACACUUCUAUUGUGCAGCGAGGAGCAAAAGAAUGCUCCUGGCACAAGAUGUCUGAUUUACAGGCGAGCAGUGGAACCUUAGAUAUUCUCUGCUACGACUUAAACUCACCACAAAAAAAAACAGAGAAGCAAGUUUUUAUGAGGAACAGAACAUUUUCUCAAUACUGUUUCGAUAAAUACUGACUUUUGAAAAAAAUCACCUUCAAACAACCAUAUCUGAGAGGGGAAUUUAUUAGUCUACCCAAGAGGAAAACAGACCCAGGAUUAAGCGAUGAAAAAUACAUAGAAAAAGAGAAGCAUAAGGAAGGAGGAAUAGGAACAAAUACAAGAGAUUUAAGCGCUCUUUCAUUCCUCUCCACUCAUCCUUGGACCAGACAAGUGAGUGCCCUUCACUGAAUGCCGUGGGUGAGAUGGACUCCUUUGGGAAUACUGGAGCAGACCCCACCUGACAGCUCUCCAACUGAGAAAUAUAAGGACAUUCCACCAGGAGAUCCUGCUGCCAUUCUGGCUGAAAAAUAUUUAUAUUUUUAGAGAACCCUUUAGAACAAUCUACACUCCAUCCCAGGGAAAAACCUUGCAUUUAUCCUUCCAAAGAACUGGAUGUGUGACUUAGUCAGUUUCAACCCAUGUCUGUAACACUGAGCACUGAGAAGGUGUCCACACUCAACUGGCUGGUUUCACCUCUAGCCCUCUGAAAGAAAAUAACAUACUACAUUUGAUAUCAGUGAGAUCUUUACUGAAAAGAAGGAUGAAGAAAGUGAAUAAAUAUUGUUUUGCGGAUUAAACGUUUUACCUUAAAAAAUAAAUGUGGAGAAAAAGGUGUUGACAAAUUAGAGGAUAAACCUAGAAAAACAUUUUAAAAAAUGAACGGAAUGAAAACAUGUUUUGUAUUCUCUUCCUGACAUUUGACUUCAACGACUCCUGACUUUGCGACAUUGAGCUUUGCUCUUCCUUAAGUGUCCUAUAGCAUCUCAUUCCUGUCUUUACGUUGAAAUCUACAAUAUUUAUAGGCUUUCCUCACAACCCUCCUACCUUUUCACUCUCCCUCAUUUACAUCUUAUUUCCCUGAGGUAAAAUUAACUACUUCACCCCCUACUCCCAGUGUAGAACCUCUCUGUCCCAUCGCCUUUCCCCCCUUAGCCCCUCUCUCACUAUCUUUCCCCCUAGUCCUGGUUUUCCCAGAGUUCAUUCUGGCUGGCACCACCAUUCCGGCCAAGGGGGAGGAGGACUUCCUCACGCUGGCCGCCUCCCGGCUCAGCCGCAGGAAACGUGUCAUCGGGGCAGGAGUGGGCGUGGCCAUGGUGCUGGUGCUGCUGGUCGCCAUCCCCUUAUUGGUUCACACCACCAAAGGGGGGGCGUCUGGAGGCGGGAGCACCCAUUAUGAGAUGCUCGGCAGCUGCAAGAUGGUGUGCGACUCUUUCACCCCCCCACAGGGCAGCCACGAGCUGACCGCUGUCUCCCCCCAACCCCCAGACUUCACAGGGAGAAGGGGCAAGUCUGGGUUUCGUGGGAGCCCUGGCCCCCCAGGCCCCAGAGGUCCCACAGGAGAACCAGGCAAGCCAGGCCCCCCUGGUCCCCCUGGCCCUGGCCCAGGGGGCUAUGUCCCCUCCUUCUACAGCCCCAAGAUCGCCUUCUACGCUGGCCUCCGCAAACAGCAUGAAGGGACUGAGGUGUUGAGGUUUGACGACGUAGUGACCAAUGUGGGGAACUACUAUGAACCCAGUACUGGCAAGUUCACCUGCCCCCUACCUGGCAUCUACUUCUUCACCUACCAUGUCCUGAUGAGGGGCGGAGAUGGGACCAGCAUGUGGGCCGACCUAAAAAAGAAUGGACAGGUGAGGGCCAGUGCCAUUGCCCAGGAUGCUGAUCUGAACUAUGACUAUGCUUCCAACAGUGUCAUCCUGCACCUGGAUGUGGGGGACGAGGUGUGCGUGCAGCUCGACGGGGGCAAAGUUCACGGAGGAAACACCAACAAAUACAGCACCUUCUCUGGCUUCCUCAUCUACCCUGACUGAAGGCAGCCACAUGUUACACACACAGACACACAACCAUACACACACAACUACACACACACAUUCUCCCAGGCAAACAAAUACAGCACCUUCUCUGGCUUCCUCAUCUACCCUGACUGAAGGCAGCCACAUGUUACACACACAGACACACAACCAUACACACACAACUACACACACACAUUCUCCCAGGCAAACAAAUACAGCAACUUUUUCAGGAUCCUCAUCCAACCUGAUUCUCUCAACCACUCUCUCUUCUCUCUCUUUUUUUCCCUCUCUCUCUCCCUCGCACUCCAUUGCUAAAACACACAGUAUUUAGAGAAACCGAUGCAAUGGGAAAAGGACAUGUAUACAUAAUGUCUAGAUAAUGGUCAUACCAUAACAUUCCAAACCAAGUGUAGUUGCAAGGCAUCUAAUGUGCAUAUAGACUGUGUAUAUAGACAUUUUUAUUUAAUACACAUACCCACACACCCAUUUGUUUGUCAUGUGUUUUGUCAUUCUCGUGAUAUCAAUGAAUCACAUAUAUGUAAAUGAAACUAACAUGUAAGUAUGGGGUGACAAACAAGAAUUAUGUCAAGACAAAAACUUGUUUAAAGAUCAUCUUGAUAUCGUGUGUAUUCUUAAAGUUACAUAUAUAUUCACUUCUGAUGCGCACACAUCUGUGUGUAUGAUCAUGUAUGUGGAAGCAUACCUACAUGACUCGCAUACAACUCUUUCACACACAGUGAUUCAUUGAACUUCCCCUAUCUAGGGUUGCAUUGACACGAGCUGACCAUUUCGGCCACCAAUGUGGAAUUUAGUCAAAUGGUCUCAGAUUGCAGACUGUAAAUGGAAGACUUCGAGGUUGGUUGCGGGGCUUCCCGCCUCCCUUCUUCGCUCCAAGAUGGAUUUCCAAUACGGCUGAAGACACCAAAUGAGAAAAGUCAUGAAUAUAUUGAUCGGAGCUGAUAAUACACCCAACACCACGAACAUCAUCCAGUGUGGUGUGUGUAAGAUAAGUAUCAUGUUGUUAGUUUUACCUACAUGGCCCCUGCCUAUAGCUAAGGGGGGUGGGGAGGGGUGAUGGUAGUCCCCUCACACACAGGAUAUCAAUGAUGAGGCUUAUGGUAGACAGAUACAGUAUUUUUCCAGACCUUAUGGUGGAUGACAGAGCAUCAUCAUGUUCCACUAAUGAGUCCAUCCUUUGUUUAAACCCUCAAACCCUAUUCCUAUAUUCACUUUACAUUCAAUUGACAACAGAGCAAUUUAAACUGGGUGUCGAACCCAGACAUAAUCAGAAAUGGAGCUUUAGAUCGUGGAGAGAUGAUGCUUUAGUUCAUGGAGAGAUGAUGCUUUCGAUCAUGGAGAGAUGGAGCUUUAGAUCAUGGAGAGAUGAUGCUUUAGAUCAUGGAGAGAUGAGGCUUUAGAUCAUGGAGAGAUAGAGCUUUAGAUCAUGGAGAGAUGGAGCUUUAGAUCAUGGAGAGAUGAUGCUUUAGUUCAUGGAGAGAUGGAGCUUUAGAUCAUGGAGAGAUGAUGCUUUAGUUCAUGGAAGAGAUGAGGCUUUAGUUCAUGGAGAGAUGGAGCUUUAGAUCAUGGAGAGAUGGAGCUUUAGAUCAUGGAGAGAUGAUGCUUUAGUUCAUGGAGAGAUGGAGCUUUAGUUCAUGGAGAGAUGGAGCUUUAGAUCAUGGAAGAGAUGAUGCUUUAGUUCAUGGAAGAGAUGAGGCUUUAGUUCAUGGAGAGAUGGAGCUUUAGUUCAUGGAGAGAUGGAGCUUUAGAUCAUGGAGAGAUGAUGCUUUAGUUCAUGGAAGAGAUGAGGCUUUAGUUCAUGGAGAGAUGGAGCUUUAGAUCAUGGAGAGAUGAUGCUUUAGUUCAUGGAGAGAUGAUGCUUUAGAUCAUGGAGAGAUGAUGCUUUAGAUCAUGGAGCUUUAGACCAUGGAGAGAUGAUGCUUUAGAUCAUAGAGAGAUGGAGCUUUAGAUCAUGGAGAGAUGGAGCUUUAGAUCAUGGAGCUUUAGAUCAUGGAGAGAUGAUGCUUUAGUUCAUGGAGAGAUGAUGCUUUAGAUCAGGGAGAGAUGAUGCUUUAGUUCAUGGAGAGAUUAUGCUUUAGAUCAUGGCCAGUUGGUUAUUUGUAUAAUGAUGAGUCUUCUUUUCUUCUAAGGUAAAGCAGCCUGUUUGUUUACAGUGUGGAUACGGACAUUGAGGAUUAAUCUUGUACUCUGUACAGAACUAGUUUCACAUUUUCAAAUGUACGCUGCUACCGUAGAACUAGAAAUGGACUGAGUGUCUUCAAUGGAAAUGUACAUCUUUGUGUGUUAUUGAAUGUACCAUACAUCACUAAUUGUGUAAAUGCAAUUCAAAUAUGCAGGUUCAGGUUGAUGCUGUCUGUCAAAUAUGUUAUGCAAACCCUUGACACGGUGGCAAUGAGACUAUAUUGUGUCACUUGUGUUAUCGAUCAAGAAUGGAUUUCAUGGACAUUUUAGAGUGGGGGCAUUAUUACCUUGUCAGGCCAUUAAUAUCUUUACAUCAAUGUGAAUGCCCUGCCUAGACAAUACCAUGAAGAGCAGGUCCUUCUCCUGUAGUUCAUAGCGUCAUACAUGUACCUAAUGUAAGUAGUUGUACAUGUUACAGGACUUCAGAGGAGGCCUCUAUUGUAACAUGUUGUUGUAUUAGGAAAACCACUGAAUAAAUGCAGCUGCAGCAGGGAUGACACUGCUACUCCAUGUGUGUGCAUUACUGUUGCAACACAGUAUGGCCGGUGUGUGUGUCACAUCUCAGGUCCAACUACAGGACAGAGCUUUGGGCUUGAUCUAGAGACAGAACACCAGUUAUUAUCAAAAUGCAUCAGUCAGAUGAAAACAUUAUUCCUGUACUAUAUCUUAACUGACAGUAUUACAAUAACCACCUACCAUCUUAUUUAAACCAACAUAAUGUACUGAUUUGUUUGUCUGUACAUGACUUCUCUCUGUGUCAUGCUGCAUUCUACUGUGUUCCCUGGCACUAAAUAAUGUUAAAUAACUUACUGUUGAAAAGGAAACCUGGUCUUUGUUUAUGAACAGUAUGAAUUGAUUGUUGUCAUUGUACCUUGUGUGUAUAUCUUAUGUAUAAUAUUAUAAACAACAAUUUAAUCUACCCUAAGGUAAUAUAUAAGACCUACAAUAAAACAAUGUGAAGACG